GGGAAUGAUAGCAGGGUCAACGGUUGUGGCUGUGAAGAACCUGAAGCGCUCAGGAUACGGAGAGAAACAAUUCUGAACAGAAGUGCAGACCAUCGGGAUGAUUCAGCAAACAAACCUCGUUCGUCUUUUGGGGUUUUGCGCUGAAGGGACCAGAAGGUUACUUGUCUAUGAGUACAUGGUAAAUGGUUCUCUGGAUAGUCAUCUAUUUUCAGAUAAUUCCAGUGCAUUGAGUUGGAAUCUUCGUUACAGAAUAGCAGCUGGUAUUGCCUACCUGCAAGAAGAAUGCAAUGACUGCAUCAUACAUUGCGACAUCAAGCCUGAAAACAUACUGCUCGAUGCGGAGUUCUGCCCCAAAAUAGCAGAUUUUGGCAUGGCAAAACUUCUUAAACGAGAAUGUAGCACUGCUUUGACCACCUUCCGAGGAACAAUCGGCUAUCUCGCACCUGAGUGGCUAUCUGGGCAGGCUGUAACUUACAAAGUAGAUGUUUACAGUUUCGGCAUCGUGCUCUUCGAGAUAAUCUCGGGGAGAAGGACUAGUACGAAAAUGAGAUUCGGAAACCACAGUUACUUUCCUUCGUAUGCAGCUGUUCAGGUGAACGAAGGAGAGGUUUCGUGCUUGCUGGACGGUAGGCUGGAAGGGAAUGCCAAUGCGAAGGAGCUUGAAGUCGCCUGUAGAGUCGCUUGCUGGUGCAUUCAGGAUGACGAGAACCACAGGCCAUCCAUGGGGCAGAUUGUUCGCAUGUUGGAAGGUGUGGUUCACCCAGAAGUCCCUCCGAUCCCAGCUUCGUUUGAACACCUUAUGGGCCAUGAUGACAGUGGCAUGUAUUUUGCACAAGUGCCAGGUUCCGGGAAACAGUGUUAGUUAUAGCACCGUGUAAGUUUCCCAUCGGCUGAUUGAUCGCAGUAUCUUCAUAUUCAUGCUUCUGGCCUACUUGGUAGGUGCUGAGCUAGGCAGUUGGAACUGACGAAUAGUACUCUAUGUUGUUCUAUUUACAAGACUGCAGCGGAGUGUUUUCUGUGAUUUUUUAACAUUUGGUUGGUAGUUACUCCUAGAUUAAAAACAUAAAAAAAGGGUAACCUUGUCAUGAAA